AUGGCUUCUAACUCUGCUCUCUCUUCCUCCUCCCUCGCCAACCCUAAACUCUCUUUUUCUUCCUCUUCUUCUUCCUCUUUCAACCCUUCUUUUUUCCACAACAAACUUUUUUUCUCUUCCUCUAACUCCAAAACCACACUUUCUCAUUCCCGCUACUCCAAACCACCCUCCUCGUGCAACAACACAAACACGUUCCCUUUCCAAAACCUAACCGUUAACGAGGACGAAAAGCCUCGCGAAGAAUGCGGCGUCGUCGGUAUUUACGGCGACCCCGAAGCUUCUCGCUUAUGUUAUCUAGCUCUUCAUGCUCUUCAACACCGUGGACAAGAAGGCGCUGGAAUUGUUUCCGUCAAUAAUAACGUUCUUCAAACCCUCACCGGCGUCGGUCUUGUUUCCGAGGUUUUUAACGAUACGAAACUCCGUCAAUUACCGGGAAGUUUAGCCAUCGGUCAUGUUCGUUACUCCACCGCAGGUCAAUCUAUGUUGAAAAACGUUCAACCUUUUGUUGCAGGUUACCGUUUUGGUUCGGUAGGUGUUGCUCAUAAUGGUAAUUUCGUGAAUUACCGUUCCUUGAGAAACAAGCUUGAAGAAUCUGGUUCUAUUUUCAACACUACUUCUGAUACUGAGGUUAUUCUUCAUCUUAUCGCAACUUCGAAUCAGAAGAGUUUUAUAACUAGAGUUAUGGAUGCUUGUGAGAGAGUGAAAGGUGCUUAUUCGCUUGUGUUUGUUACUGAGGAUAAACUUGUUGCUGUGAGAGAUCCUUACGGUUUUCGGCCUUUGGUUAUGGGAAGAAGAAGUAAUGGUUCUGUUGUUUUUGCUUCGGAAACAUGCGCGCUUGAUUUGAUUGAAGCUAGUUAUGAAAGAGAGGUUUAUCCUGGUGAAAUUGUGGUUGUGGAUGAAACUGGUGUUCAAUCUUAUUCUCUUGUUUUUCAUCCAGAGCCAAAACAAUGUAUUUUCGAACAUAUUUAUUUCUCACUGCCGAAUUCGGUUGUUUUUGGAAAAUCUGUUUAUGAAUCGAGGAGAUUGUUUGGUGAGAUAUUGGCUACUGAGAAUCCUGUUGAUUGUGAUGUUGUUAUAGCUGUUCCUGAUUCUGGUGUUGUAGCUGCACUUGGUUAUGCUGCAAAAGCUGGUGUGCCUUUUCAGCAGGGUUUGAUUAGGUCACACUAUGUUGGAAGAACUUUCAUUGAGCCGUCGCAGAAGAUUAGAGAUUUUGGUGUGAAGUUGAAGCUUUCGCCUGUUCGCGCUGUUCUUGAAGGGAAAAGAGUUGUGGUUGUUGAUGAUUCUAUUGUGAGGGGAACAACAUCAUCUAAGAUUGUGAGGCUGUUGAAAGAAGCUGGUGCUAAAGAGGUUCAUAUGAGAAUUGCAUGUCCUCCGAUUAUUGGGUCAUGUUACUAUGGUGUGGAUACACCUAGCCCUGAUGAGUUGAUAUCUAAUAGGAUGAGUGUGGAUGAGAUUAAGGAGUUUAUUGGUUGUGAUUCACUUGCUUUUUUACCUAUCGAUAGCUUGAAGAAGUUGUUGGGUGAUGAUUCUUCUAAUUUCUGUUAUGCUUGUUUCACUGGGAAUUAUCCUGUUGAACCUAAUGAACUUAAAGUCAAGAAGGCUGUGGAUGGUGGAUUAAAUGGAUCUGUUCAAGCUAACCCAAAUCAGAAAGAGGUGAACAUUGCUGGAGUUUGA